CCCGGAGCCCCCAGAGCAGCCCCGGACACGCUUGUGCAGAGGAGGAAGCGGAGAGGGUAAACCACUGGAUUUCUGUCAGAAAUUCUGCAAGACUGACUAUCAGUAAAGAUGUCAUAUUUAAUGAAAGGACUUAAAUGUCACAGUCCUGUGAUGCACAAAGUAGCAGGAAGCCUGUUUAAAACACACACAUUAAAGAACACGUUAGUCAUCCAUGAACAACAAUUCAGAAUUUCACGUGCAUCAUCUCAGCUGAGCUCUGAAAAGGCGAACUCUUACAAUUACGUGAUUGUGGGAGCUGGGUCAGCAGGCUGCGUGUUGGCCAACAGGCUGACAGAAGACCCGCAGAGUUCCGUGCUGCUUUUGGAAGCGGGCCCCAGGGACACCCUGCUGGGCAGUAAAAGGCUCAUGUGGAAGAUUCACAUGCCCGCUGCGUUAACCUACAACCUGUGCGACGAGAAAUACAACUGGUACUACCACACCACGGCACAGAGGCACAUGGACAGCAGGGUGAUGUACUGGCCCCGGGGCAGGGUGUGGGGCGGCUCCUCCUCGCUCAAUGCCAUGGUUUACAUCCGCGGCCACGCCGAGGACUACAACCGCUGGGGCAGGCUCGGGGCUCUGGGCUGGGACUACGAGCGCUGCCUGCCCUACUUUAAGAAGGCACAGACACACGAGCUGGGCCCCGAUCAGUACAGAGGUGGGAAUGGCCCCCUGCACGUGUCCAGAGGGAAAACAAACCAUCCUCUUCAUCGGGCAUUCCUGGAGGCAGCCCAGCAGGCUGGGUAUCCCUUUACAGAUGACAUGAAUGGCUAUCAGCAGGAGGGCUUUGGCUGGAUGGACAUGACUAUACACCGAGGUCAAAGAUGGAGCACAGCUAGUGCUUAUCUUCGCCCAGCCAUAUCACGCCCAAAUUUAUCAGUUGCAGAGAAGACACUUGUAACAAAAAUCUUGUUCCAAGGAACAAAAUGCAUUGGUGUUGAGUAUGUGAAAAAUGGGCAAAGGAAAAAGGUUUUUGCCAAUAAGGAAGUUAUUUUAAGUGGAGGUGCCAUAAAUUCUCCCCAGCUGCUCAUGUUGUCUGGAAUUGGAAAUGCAGAUGAUCUCAAAAAACUGGGGAUCCCUGUUGUUUGCCAUCUUCCUGGAGUAGGCCAGAACCUUCAGGACCAUUUAGAAGUGUAUGUCCAGCAAAAGUGCACCAAACCUAUUACUCUAUAUAGUGCACAAAAGCCACUUAGCAUGGUGAGGAUUGGUCUCGAAUGGCUUUGGAAAUUUACAGGUGAGGGAGCCACUGCCCACUUGGAAACUGGUGGAUUCAUCCGAAGUGAACCAGGGGUUCCUUACCCCGACAUUCAGUUCCACUUUCUUCCUUCUCAGGUGAUUGACCAUGGUCGGGUUGCUUCCACAAUGGAAGCUUACCAGGUCCACGUGGGACCCAUGAGGAGCACAAGUGUGGGCUGGCUGAAGCUGAAGAGUUCAGACCCAAAUGACCAUCCCAUCAUUGAGCCCAACUACCUGUCAACAGAAAGAGAUAUUUGGGAAUUCCGCCAGUGUGUCAAAUUGACCAGAGAGAUCUUUGCUCAGAAAGCUUUUGAAAAAUUUCGUGGGCCUGAAAUUCAACCAGGAAAUCAUGUUCAGUCUGACAAAGAAAUAGAUGCCUUCAUAAGGCAGAAGGCUGAUAGUGCUUAUCAUCCUUCCUGCACCUGUAAAAUGGGCCAGCCUUCAGACAGCACUGCUGUAGUGGAUCCCCAAACAAAAGUAAUUGGUGUUGAAAAUUUGAGAGUAGUUGAUGCUUCAAUAAUGCCCAGUAUUAUCACUGGAAACUUGAAUGCCCCAACUAUCAUGAUAGCAGAGAAAGCUGCAGAUAUAAUUAAGGGCCUCCCAUCCCUUGAGGAGAAAAAUGUUCCUGUAUAUAAGCCCAAGACCUUGGAAACACAGAGAUAAAUAAAUAUUCUCAUCCUUUUAUAUCAUUUGCUAUUUAGGCUUUCAUCCACAUGUUGGUAUCUCAUGCUGAAUAUGCCAACAUGAUAAAUAUGCAAAACAACAUAUCCUAUUAAAAUAACUAUUAAUUUGAAUAAUUUUUUUGUAUUAGACAACCUACUGUUUCUUUUAAUCAGCUGGCUUAAAUUCCUUUUUAGAAUCAUAGAAUGUGCUGAGUUUCAAGCGACCAAUCAGGAUCAUUGAGUCCAACUCCUGGCCCUGUGCAGGACACUCCAAGAAUCACAAAUUUAGUUAAAUAUGACCUUUUGUGGUAAAUUCAAAUUUUCUGUUGAAGAGAAGCUGUUUCUAAAUGCCAAGAUGGUUGUACACACGAACCAGAAAUACUGUGUGAUUGCACAAGGAGUGGAAGAAAUUAAUGUGUGCUAUUUUGAAAAUGAUUAUGUUAUUUGAAGAAUUUUAACUGCUGUGAGAUUCUUAACCAGGAUAACAGAUAAUCAGUGACCACCACAUCCUGCAAAGAAUGGUUAAGCAAAUGUAAGCACUUAUGCAAUGUCAUAUUCAAGAGCUGGAUUAGUUUGUAUCAGAAUUCAUAGGAAAGGGAGGAACCUGCAUGUGCUCAGAGUUUGUCAAAUGUGGUUUUUAUGAAAGGAAUGCACGGUUUACAAAUCCUCACUCAAAGUUACAUUUCACUAAGCUCAGUAGUCUCUAAUUAUAUAGCAUUCAGGGAGAAAACAUACAGUGUAUUUAUCAGAAACUUAUUUAUCUAAAACAUGCAGAACUGGAUUUGAUAUUUAUAAAAAUCUACUGGAAAAUGGAUAUUUCUCUUUGUGGUUUUUUGCUGCUUUUUUUUUUUCCACAAGAAGCUUAGCAGAAUUCUGCUCACAAUUUCAGCUUAUGUAGUUGUACCACUCUAAGCAGUAGGAGAUCUCCACUUUGUAUAACAUCCUUAAAGUGAUUGGUCUUGGCAAGAUGAUUGUUUGCAAAAGAUAUUUACUGGUAAAUAUUCUGAAUGGUU